UGGAAAUACCGCCUGAAAUUCUUUGGCUAUAUAUAUUUGUUCCUUCCAUCUCGGAUAAACAUUCAUUCUUUCUUUUGAAACAUGUCGUCGUUUUCAAGAAGUGGCACAUUAUUAUGUGUGUUUUUGUUGUUGGGUACUUGCAUAGGCAUCGUUAUUGCAAGAGAACCCAAAACAGAAAACAACAAGGAGUCAUUUGGUACUUCUUCAAUUCGAUUAUGGCCCCGAUGGAGGUGGCAUCAUCAUCACGCACCUUCACUCAGAUGGUGGUUGCGUACUCACCCCAAAAAACCAUCACCACCAACUCACAUGGACAUGGCUCCAUCUCCAUCUCCAGUUGAUAAUGUGGCUUCAGUAACUCAUGCAUCUCCAUCUCCAUCUCCGGUUGAUAAUGCGGCUUCACCAACUCAUGCGGCUUCAUCCUCAGUUGAUGAUGAGGUUUCGCCACAGCACACGGCCCUGGCCCCGAUGACUUCUUGCAUCAACGUGGAUGGUUGUAAAUCAAAUUUGAUCACUUCUGUUUUCAAACGUAAAAUUUCAUUAUCCACACAAUGUUGCAAAGUCCUUUCAACAAUUUCAGAUGGUUGUUUUUACAGAGAGUUUUCACAUUCCAAGAGGGUACCAUUUUUCCUAGGCAAGGUGAGAAACUAUUGCAGUCAUGCGGCUUCACCAACUCAUGCGGCUCCAUCCCUAUCCCGAGUUGAUGAUUUAGUUGCGCCAGCGCACACGGCUCCCUCUUAG